AGACCGGGCGUUGCCAUGGGAACGGCGCCCGCCGCGGGGGCGGCUGCGGCUGGGGUGUCGGAUGAGGCGGGCCUGGACAUCCGCACGCACCGCACAGCUUCUCCAUCGGUCCGUGGGGGUUCCGCUGGCCCCUGCCACGGGAGCCGUCGCCGGUGCUCCACACAAAGAUGGCUGGGGAAUGAGGGGGGACGGCAGCGCCCCCUGCUGCCCUUUGCAAAUAUGGCGGCAGGGCGGAGGCGCUGCCCCGCUGCCUACACGCCCGAGAAGGAGAACGCCUUGCCCCACACAAAGAUGGAGGCUAGCGAGGGCGUGAUGCGAAACUGCCCAAUGAGCGGCCGCGUUGCUAGCGGUUGCCGUGGAGACAGCCAACGGCGGGCGGGAAUGGACGCUGGCGACAUGGCACCGCCCGGUGGGGCGUGGGGCUGGCAGGGGAGGUGGCGGUGCCACCGCCCCUCGCUGGGACCCCGGUGGGGAGCGGUGCGGGCGGCGAGCGCGGAGCCAGCCAGCUCUUGCACUGCGCUGCCGGAGGCUGUCACCAUGACCCUCACCAAAGGCUCCUUCACCUACUCCAAUGGGGAGGAGUACCGCGGCGAGUGGAAGGAAGGUCGCAGGCAUGGUGUGGGGCAGCUGACAUUUGCUGAUGGCACCGCUUACAUGGGGCACUUCGAGAAUGGACUCUUCCAUGGCUGUGGUGUGCUCACCUUCUCUGAUGGCUCCAGGUACGAGGGGGAGUUUGUGCAGGGGAAGUUCAAUGGCGUCGGCGUUUUUACCCGCUUCGACAAUAUGACCUUUGAGGGCGAGUUCAAAGGCGGGCGCGUGUACGGCUUUGGUCUCCUGACCUUCCCUGACGGUUCCCACGGGGUGCCCCGCAACGAGGGCUUCUUCGAGAACAACAAGCUGCUGAGGCGGGAGAAGUGCCCAGCCAUCAUCCAGAGGGCCCAGGGUGCCUCCAAAUCUGCCCACAACCUGACAGCAUGACGGUGCCCUGUGACGCCCUCCUGCCAUGGUGGGGACCCCCCUACCAGGCACUGGCUGGUUCCGCCGUCCCUGGAGCAGGGAUGUGGUAGGGUUGGGUGCACCGGUGCACUGUGCUCACUGGUCACCCAGCCUUGGUGGGGCCAGGGGUCUGCACCAAGCCUCCCUGCUGAACCCCUGCCAGUGGAGAGGACAGUGCCCCCUGCUCUCCAGCCAAGUGCCCCAGGGCAGCCAUGGUGCCUUCCCUCUCUGGCUGUAGCCCUGACACCAACUGGAGCAGCUGGGGCUUGGCCCCUCUGCCCCUCAGGAAGGCUGCAGACCACCAGGGCUGCCAGCCUACACCUGGGCAUGGAGCAGGGCUGUAGGGGCUGGGGCUGGGCCCUGACCGCACUGCCAGGGUGCCUUGGACAUGGGCUGCCAGCUGGACCAUGAGCCUGCAGAGGGGCAGCCACUGACCUGCUUUGCUAUCCUGGUCCCAAGGCAGGGUGGGCACCCUGGGCACCCUUUGGCCUGCGCCCUCAGCUCUGGGUGACUGGCUAUCCCCCCACAUGCCCUGGGAAGGGUGACAUGGUGCCCUCAAAGGACCCAGCCUGGUCUCAAGGCCAGCCGAUGGGCUGUGUCCCACUCAUCCCUGUGCUAGUCCAGUCUGUCCACUGCCCCGAGGACAUCUGCAGCAGCAGCAUCCCCACCAAGGGGAAGUGGGAGUCACCCAGCGUGGCCUGUGUCUGCUGCAUGCUGGUGGAGGGCAGGAGCAACGGUGACCAAGGAGCAGGGCCAGCUGGAGUACAGGAUGAGGGGCACAAGCAGGGCUGUGUGGGGUGCCAGGGCUGGAGCAGGGGGCCCAGGAAGGGCAGGCAGGGACAGGGGCAUGGCCAAGGGGCAGGCAGGGUGGGCAGGAGGCACACAGUUCCCCACUGUGUGCUCACCUUCCUCCCGCAGUGCGGUCUGGCUGGCCGUGGUGUGAGGGGUUCCAGCAGCCCCCGCAGGCCAGUGCUGGGCCACUGGGGCCAUGCCCUGCCAGUCUCUGCCUGGACCAGUCCGUGCCUUGCCGUGACCCUGCCUUGUGCUGCUGCCUGCACCGGCCUCAGCUCAGUAAACCACGUUGCCAAA